ACUCAUGUUUGAUGCUAAUGAGUGUUAACCCUACUUUUCUGUUUACGUUGUAUCAUUCCACUAGCUCAAUUUAUUUAUCACUUUAUUAUCGAGAUUAGAGCCUGCAGUGAGUAAUAGUUAUCAGUACAGAUUAAGUGUGUUCGUUAAUGUGAAAAUCCGCAAUAAUGGAUUCCACAGGCGUUAUAAGUUCGAAGACUUCCAGUCCUCAAGGAGAGAGUGAAUUCGACUUUUAUAUUGGCCUAUGUUUGGCUCUUAGUUCCUCGAUAUUUAUCGGCUCUAGUUUUAUUAUUAAGAAAAUCUCCUUGAAACGGUUGAACAAGGUCGGGCUUCGGGCGUCAGCCGGGGGCUUUGGCUACCUCAAAGACUGGACAUGGUGGAUAGGACUUUUAACAAUGGGAGUGGGCGAAUUGGCUAACUUCGGGGCGUAUGCCUUUGCUCCAGCCUCCCUGGUUACACCAUUAGGAGCCCUGAGUGUUUUAGUUUCGGCAGUUUUAGCAUCAAAAUUCCUGCACGAGACGUUAAAUACCAAUGGAAAGAUGGGCUGUAUACUUUGCGUCUUGGGAUCUGUAGUGGUUGUGAUCCAUUCGCCGCACGAGGCAGAAUUCAGCACAGUUGACGAUCUGCUCAGUCGACUAGCAGAGGCAGACUUUCUCUACUAUGCUUUCAUUGUUUCGGUCAUUGUUAUCUCUAUAAUUUUCUUCCUGGGGCCACGAUAUGGGAACCGAUACGUUUCAGUGUAUGUUGCCUUAUGCUCAGCAGUGGGCAGCCUAACUGUUAUGGCCUGCAAAGGCCUUGGGCUGGCGAUCCGGAACUCUAUAACUGGAGUCCUGCCUGCUCAUGACGUGUGGAUUAUUGCGAUCUUCUUACUAGUAGCAGUGGCUUUCAUUUGCCUCCAAAUGAAUUACCUGAAUAAGGCCCUGGAUGUGUUUGAUACCAGCAUAGUCACCCCGGUGUAUUACGUAAUGUUUACCACGAUGGUGAUAGUGGUUUCGGCGAUUUUGUUCAGAGAAUGGGCCAGCAUGGAAGUGACGAGCAUUUUAGGGGCUUCGUGCGGUUUUGGGAUCACCAUUGUUGCGAUCUUCUUGCUCACUAGCAGUCACAAGGAAAAGCUGGCGCAGUCGUUUGCAAGCAGCAGAGAAUAUGGCAGUAACCAUUACUUGCCACGGACAGUUUGACGAAAAAUGUUAUGUUCCAGAUAGGUUCUUGUUCCGUUACGGAUUUAGUAUACAGUUCGUAUUCCGAAAACUCUCCGAAAUGUUUACUUUUUCAAUGGAUGGUUCGGACAAUCAACGUAUUUUAUUGUCACAUGCAAUCUUAAAGCUACAUCAGUCUUGUAUUCACAAUACUACUUCAUAUCAUAAUAUAGUCCAAAUACAUAUCCUAGAAUUAGAAUAACAAUGUGUACAUACAUCCAGCGCCUGGACUGUACAUAAUAAUGCUUUGUAGGUAUUAAUGCAGUUUUUUGUUCCUAUACAGGGUUUUCUGUUGGAGGUGGUUUUAUCUAGAGAGACCAUAUAAAUUUUCCUUGUACGUUUGAAACUGAUGGUUUUCUUUUAAAUGAAAGUAGUUUGGUAGUUGAUGCAGAAAACCCUGAACGGAUUUGUUUCCAAGUGUUUUCCUAGUUGGUUGUUUAAGAAGCGGAAGUUCCUUACGACAGCAGCUGGGCAAAUUCUAAAAUAAGAUUGACUGAUUUGUUACUAUUAAAACCGCGCCAUUAGUUCUAGA